UUUCAAUUGUGCAAUAAUUAACUUCAAGUGGAAAUAACAUAAAAAAAGCUCAAAUUGAGAUGAAGUUCUAUUUGAUUUUGAUGGCUGUAUUAGCCAUCUGUCAAAUGGCUUUGGCAGGACGUUUUAAUAUUACAUGUUAUUAUGAUACAUUUAGUAUCCAAAGAGGUGGCUUUGCCAACUUUACGGAGAACGACUUAAGAUCAUCGUUUGAAUAUUGCACACAUGUGGUUUAUGGUUACGUUGGCAUUAGUCCAGAUAAAUUUGAUAUCGUUACCCUGCAUUCGAAACAAAAUUUGCAAUUUGCUCAUGUUAAGAAAUUGAAAAAUCAAUAUCGUCAUAUUAAAUUUUUAGUAAGUUUAGGCGGCGGUAAGGAUUUGAAUCACACGGAAAAAUAUAUAAAACUUCUUGAGGCGCCUCAGCAGAAACAAGACAAAUUCAUAAAAUCAGCCAAAGCCUUUUUGCGCAAAUACAAAUUCGAUGGCUUAGAUUUGGCCUAUCAAUUUCCGCACAAUAAAGCACAUAAAUCCACAUCUGAGAAGAUUUUAAAUACAGCCAAGGCUUUAUUAUCGAAAACUCAAGUCGGUCAGAAGUUAACGGGUAAGAAAAAUUCGAAAAAAAAUCAUGGAGGUUCGUUCAAUAUCCAUAAGCAGCAGUUCACAGUGCUGGCAAAUAAACUCCAUAAUAUAUUUAGAAAUAAAAAUCUUAUGCUUACGUUAACGGUGCUGCCUCAUGUUAAUACCAGCAAAUUUAUAAAUCCCGCCGUUAUGGAAUAUUUUGAUUUUGUUAAUUUGUGUACAUUUGAUUACUCCACACCACAACUUACUCACCACGAUGCUGACUACUUAGCUCCGAGAAAUGCUCCACCACGUAAUGGCAGAAAGAUAACUUCAAAUAUCGAAAAGGAUGUACGUCAAUGGCUCUCUAAACAUAAGCAUAUGUCCAAAAAGCUAAAUAUUGGCAUUCCAACUUAUGGUCGGGCAUGGCGAAUGACCAAGCAAUUGAAAUCCACUGCUAUGCCCAUAAAGUCAUCCCUUGAUGGUCCAGCUCCUGGUGGCGAAUUAACGCGUACGGCUGGUUUAUUGAGUUGGCCCGAAAUGUGUUUCAAACUUCCUAAAAUGAGCAAAAUUCAGAAUAGACAAUUUGGAAACUACGCCUACCGUACGGCUGAUGUCAAAGGUCGUGACGGUCUUUUCAUUACAUACGAAGAUCGGGACAGUCUUGGCGCAAAGGCAGAGUUUGUGCAAAGCAAUUCGUUGGCUGGUGUUGCUAUAUUCGAUUUGACAUUGGACGAUUUCCGUGGCAAGUGUAAACAGGGUAUGUUCCCAGCAUUGUCAGCCAUUAAAAGUAAAUUGAUUUAAUUUAUGCAAUAAUUAAAUUUAUAAAAUUUUUAAAUAGUUAACAGUUGUUUUUUUUGGUAAGAAACUCAUUAUUAAAUAAAAUCAUAGAAAUGUAAUUUUUUCUUAUGUAUAAUAA